UUUUACAGCACUGCCAGUAUCUUCUCUCUUUCCGUUUUUAUAUUUCAUGAUAAGGGAUUUUAACAUUGCGGACAAAGAAGAGGACAUUAGUUACUAUGCCGGCUUUGUGGGGUCUGCAUAUAUGAUUGGAAGAGCACUCUCAUCUGUCUUUUGGGGAGUUGUAGCUGAUCGAUAUGGUCGAAAACCAGUUAUUCUUUUGGGCACCUUAACGAUGGUCAUUUUCAACACUCUCUUUGGUUUUAGCGUCAACUAUUCGAUGGCUAUCAUUACAAGAUUUCUACUUGGCUUGUUCAAUGGGCUACUUGGAACAAUAAAGGCAUAUGCAUGUGAAAUUUUCCGCAAGGAACAUCAAGCUUUAGGAUUGUCAGCUGUUAGUACAGCAUGGGGGAUAGGGAUGGUUAUUGGGCCAGCUUUGGGAGGUUACCUAGCACAGCCUGCAGAGAGAUUUCCAAGUCUAGUUUCUCCGGAUUCUUUAUUUGGGAGAUUUCCAUACCUAUUGCCUUGCCUUUGCAUCUCUGCUUUCGCAUUUUUUGUGACCAUCGGUGCAUUAUGGAUUCCGGAAACUUUGCAUUUUCAUAAGAAAAACGAGUUGGAGUCUGCUUCAUCUUUUACCGAUAUGAAGGAAAAGAAAGGAGAAGGAAAAUAUUCAUCCGAAAUAAGUCUCCUUAGGAACUGGCCAUUAAUGUCUUCUAUCAUUAUCUAUUGUGUUUUUUCUCUUCACGACAUCACUUACACCGAGGUUUUCUCAUUGUGGGCAGUGAGUCCUAAGAGUUUAGGUGGCCUUAGCUACUCUACCGAUAAUAUUGGAACAAUUUUGUCCAUCUCAGGAAUGGGACUUCUCCUCUUCCAGACCACAUUAUAUCCGAUUGCGGAGAGGUUAUGUGGACCCAUCAUGGUUGCUCGUAUUUCAGGAAUUAUAUCCAUAACUAUACUCACAUGCUAUCCCUACAUAGCGUUGUUAUCCGGCUUCAUGCUCGCUGUCACAAUAAACGGUGCAUCCGUUGUGAAGAACGUUUUAUCGAUUUCCAUCAUAACCGGGACUUUUAUCUUGCAAAAUAAAGCCGUGGAACAACACCAAAGAGGUAUAGCUAAUGGAAUAGCCAUGACUCUGCAGUCGAUUUGCCAAGCAAUUGGUCCCGCAUGCGGAGGAGCAAUUUUGUCGUGGUCCCAAAAGAGACAGAAUGCAGCAUUUCUUCCAGGUGACCAAAUGAUCUUUUUCUUCUUGAAUGUAAUUGAGGGAAUUGGAGUUCUCCUUACGUUCAAACCGUUUUUAAUUUCAAAUCAUUACUGAAAGAUACAUGGGAAUCAAACUUGAACUGACACUCACGGAUUGAAUUAAAAAAUGCUAUUGUAAUAGCCCAUA